AUGUCAGCAACAGAUAAUUGGAUAAAACUGUAUAGAUGGUGGCAAGAACAUUUAAAAUCACAUUUUAAUGCAUCAUCAUCAUCGAUAGUAAUUGAAAAUUCUCAUGAAAAACGAAGGUCCUUAUUACAACGUCGUUCAUCACUAAUGUCAUUUCGUUCUUCGAAUCAUUCUAAAUUAAUAAAUGUCAAAAAACGAGCUUCAUUUGGUGGGAUUGAACAUGAUGAAGAGAUAGGUGGUGAUGGCACUAGCAAUGGAGGAUUUCGAUAUGUGCGUGAUAGUAUUCGAAAUAAAAAUUCCCGCUCGACACGAUUAACAACAACAACUGUCACACAACACAAAAGGUUAGUUAUUGAAAAUCUUGUCAACUGA